AUGGCGUGUUGUCUAUCUGAAGAAGCUAAAGAACAAAAAAGAAUAAAUCAAGAAAUAGAAAGGCAGCUUAGAAAAGAUAAAAGAGAUGCUAGACGAGAACUUAAGUUAUUGUUGCUCGGGACUGGUGAAUCUGGUAAAUCUACCUUUAUUAAGCAGAUGAGAAUUAUUCAUGGAGCAGGAUAUUCCGAUGAAGAUAAAAGAGGAUUCAUUAAACUUGUGUAUCAAAACAUUUUUAUGGCCAUGCAAAGCAUGAUAAGAGCUAUGGACCUUUUGAAAAUACAGUAUGGGUGCUCAUCUUGCAAUGAAAAAGCAGAACUUAUUCGUUCUGUCGACUUUGAAACUGUAACUACCUUUGAAAGUCCCUACGUGGAAGCUAUUAAAGACUUAUGGGCAGAUACUGGUAUUCAAGAGUGUUAUGACAGAAGACGUGAAUAUCAAUUAACAGAUUCAGCAAAAUACUACCUUGAUGAUUUAAACAGAAUUGAAUCAUCUGAUUUUUUACCAACGGAACAAGAUAUAUUAAGAGCACGAGUUCCUACGACAGGAAUUUUGGAAUAUCCUUUCGAUCUUGAUUCAACUACUUUUAGGUAUUAUAAAAGUAAAUGGAAAAGUAAUAACUACGUUAAAAAAAAAAAAAAAAAAAAAAGUAAA